CUUUUAAUCCAUAUAACCUACGUUGACCUUGUGACAUUGAGUCGUACGCUUUUUCUUCCGCUACGAAUGAAGAGAAUUGUCAUUUAUAACCGCUGCUCAUCUGGAGUUGCACUUUUGUCUUCUCUCAGCCAGAUGGGGCUGCCUUUGCAGAGGCCGACAUUUUCAGUCUUACAAAACCUGAACCUUUGUGCCACAGAGGCAGUUUCGAAAAGAGCCAAACUUUUUUGCAUUGCUCCAAAUAUGUCAUACGCUCAUGUUUGAAGGUUCUGUAUGAAGAAGGUCAAGGUUUACAGGGUCAAAGAUCAGAUGUGGGAUGAUAUGUUGCGAUUCUGCGAGUUUUCGCUCUUUCCUCGGGCCAAAAUGAAGAUUGAUUUUGCGCCAGUCGGCGUGCCCCUCCACAGGAGACUGCAGACUGUUGCGGUGCUGCAGUGGGUUUUCUCCUUCCUCGCCUUGGCACCCACAUGCAUCUUCCUGUUCGUCUACCUGCUCUUCACUCGGUACUGGUUGAUCAGCGUGCUUUAUUCUGUCUGGUGGUUCUUUGACUAUGACAGUCCUUCACAUGGAGGCCGCAGGGUGCCUUACUUGUGUGGAAUCAAACUAUGGGACUACAUGCGGGAUUACUUCCCUAUCAAGUUGCUGAAGACAGCUGAACUGGACCCUCGACACAACUAUGUCCUGGGCUUCCACCCCCAUGGAGUCCUGGUGGCAGGAGCCUUUACCAAUUUUUGCACCUACUCCACAGGCUUCAGGCAACUGUUUCCAGGCCUCACCUGCUACCUGCUCAUGCUGCCCCUUUGGUUUCGAACCCCAUUCUUCAGAGACUACAUAAUGUGCGCAGGUCUGAUUCCGUCUGAUAAAGAGAGCGCCAGUUAUCCCCUGCGUCAGAGGGGUGGCGGCAAUGCUGUUGCGAUCGCCGUCGGUGGCGCCCCGGAGGCACUUGAUGCCCACCCUGGGACGUACAAUGUACUGUUGGCCAAGAAGAAAGGUUUCAUUAAAAUGGCCAUGGAGCAUGGUGCUCACCUGGUGCCGGUCUUCUCGUUUGGUGAGAAUGAGGUGUUUGAUCAAGUGGGAAACUCAAGAGGAACCUGGCUUCGAAGUGUCCAAGAAAAGCUGCAAAGCAUCAUGGGUAUCUCCCUUCCACUCUUCCAUGCUCGUGGGAUUUUCCAAUACUCCUUUGGCCUCAUGCCAUACAGAAAAGCCAUCCAUACUAUCGUUGGACGGCCCAUCAGGGUGGAGAAGAAGGAGAAGCCGACCGUCGAGGAUCUUGACGCCCUUCACCAGUUGUACAUGGAUGAGCUUUGCAAUCUCUUUGAGCAGCACAAGACUAACUAUGGUGUGGACAAGGACACACACUUGAACUUCAUCUGAACUGGACAAACGAUGCAUUGCUAUUUAUUUUGUGAAGUUGAGAUUUUUUUUUUUUUUUUUUUGGAAACACAAAUUUGUUCUGGGAUGGUAAUGAAAG